AGACCGCAUCCACUGGUCUAGGCUGUAGGAUGGUAGCGCACAGCAAGGUGUCAGCAGAUAAUGCAGUUGCAGCAGACCCAAGAUGUCUACUUGACCUUCCAGCACGGGAUCGUUCACAGGCUCGAGGCUACCACGGCCCAGGCCGGCCCAGCACUGUGCAGGCACAGAGCAACACGCAUUUUCGAACCUUUCGCUCACAAGCGGAUUUUAGUAGCAUCACUCGAGCAAGCAGCCUGCUGGAUGCCUGUGGCUUCUACUGGGGACCUCUGACUGUCAAUGCUGCCCACGAGAAGCUGAAGUCUGAGCCUGAGGGCACCUUCCUCAUCAGGGACAGCACGCAAAAGAAUUGCUUCUUUGCCAUCAGUGUUAAGACUGCGACUGGGCCCACCAGCAUCCGGAUAAACUUUCAGACUGGGCGUUUCAGCCUGGAUGGCAGCAAAGAGACUUUUGACUGUCUUUUUAAGCUGCUGGAACAUUACUUAAGUUCCCCAAGGAAGGUACUGGUUACCCCCCUGCGCAAAGUCCGUGUGCAGCCCCUGCAGGAGCUCUGCCGGAAGAGCAUUGUGAAGACUUUUGGAAGGGAGAACUUAAACCAGAUCCCCCUCAAUCCUGUUUUAAAGGACUAUCUGAAAUCCUUUCCAUUUCAGAUAUAAGUACAGCAUUAACUGUAUAGGGAUGCACGAGAUGCAUGAAGAAAUCCAGCUUCCUGGGUUUUUAAACAUGUUUGACUGUGAGCAAACUUAUUUUUGUAGCAAUUUACUGUAUUUUGGAAUGGAACUUGAACACUCGACUUCUUAUGUUUACAAAAACUGUUUGCACAAACCUGGGGUUUUAAAACCCUGGCAUAUUUUUUCUGCCAAGCAGAAUAUUUUAUUAUUUUAUAAUAUUUUUAAUGAUAUUAACAUAAUAAACUUUAUUGUGAAAG